UAAGAGCAGCGUAAAGUGCGUCAAGCGCGCUACGGGCGCAAGCGACGGAACCUCGGAGGCGAAUUCGCGCACGUUUCCUACGUAGGAGGGGAAGAAGAGAGGAGAUACUGAAUAUACGAAAUAGAUUAUAUAUUAAUGUAUAUAUAUGUAUCCGGAUUCCGGAUCCAACUUUUGUACAGUCUCUUGGUCUUUGAUGAGGAACCUUUCAAGUCCGUGAGCGUUAGAAACGGCUCGAUUUCCGUGACGUGCGUAACAUAAAUAGCAGAUCAAACUAGAAAUGCCGGUGGGACAAUGUCAAAGGGGCAAGACACUGAAAGCGGAAAACGUCCUCACGACACUGAACUGUAUGUUGACGUCCCUCGUACAAGCCUGCCCAUAGUGUACCACCCCGUCUAUAACAUCACCUUCAUGGGCCUGGAGAAACUCCACCCCUUUGACGCUGGGAAGUGGGGGAAGGUCGUCCGCUUUUUAAAAGAGGAGCAGUUUGUGACUGAUGAGAACAUGGUGCCCGCCCUGGAGGCUUCAGAGGAGGACCUGAAGGUGGCCCACACCAAGAGCUACCUCAGCAGCUUAAAGUGGUCGGCGAUCGUGGCGGGCAUCACGGAGAUCCCCCCGCUGAUGUUCCUGCCCAACUGCCUGGUUCAGCGACGCGUCCUCAGGCCAUUGCGGACCCAGACUGGAGGAACCAUCAUGGCGGGGAAACUGGCGAUCGAGCGAGGAUGGGCCAUCAAUAUUGGAGGUGGUUUCCACCACUGCUCCGGGGAUGAGGGUGGCGGUUUCUGUGCCUACGCGGACAUCACCCUGGCCAUCAAGUUCCUCUUCGAGAGAGUGGAGGGCGUCGCCACGGCAACCAUCAUCGACCUGGACGCCCACCAGGGAAACGGCCACGAGCGAGACUUCCUUGGAGACCGGCGCGUGUUCAUCAUGGACGUGUACAACUGCCACAUCUACCCCAGGGACAGAAUCGCCAAGCGGGCGAUCCGGAGGAACGUGGAGCUGGACUGGGGCACGCAGGACGCUGAGUACCUCCGGAAGGUGGAGCUCCACACGGAGGGGGUGCUCAACGAGAUGCGACCCGACAUCGUGGUCUACAACGCGGGCACGGACGUCCUGGACGGAGACCCCCUCGGAGGGCUGGCCAUAUCCCCGCAGGGUAUCAUUGCGCGGGACGAGAUUGUGUUCAGGGCUGUGAGGGGGCGGGGCAUCCCCAUCCUCAUGGUGACGUCGGGGGGGUACCAGAAGAUGACCGCCCGCAUCAUCGCUGAUUCCAUCCUCAACCUGCAUCACAAGGGCCUGAUUGGCCCAGAGGAGGGGGAGGGUUCCUCACCCAAGCCAAUCGGGAGCGAGAGCUCUGUGUCGGUUAGCUCUGUGCACACUUCUGUCUGAAAGACUUUAUUACGCCUAAACACGUGUGUGUGUGUGUGUGUGUGUGUGUGUGUGUGUGUGUGUGUGUGUGUGUGUGUGUGUGUGUGUGUGUGUGUGUGUGUGUGUGUGUGUGUGUGUGUGUGUGUGUGGUCCGUAUAUGGAUGUGUGCGUGUGUGUGUGUGUGUGUGUUUGUGUGCAGGUGUGUGUGCAUGUGUGUGUUAGUGUGUGUCUGGAUGUGUGGCGUCCGGGGGUUCUUGUAAUUGCACCUAAAUGCCACUGACAUAACUUUAAUAAUGUACCUUAAAUGAUUCCUGAAAGGGUCGUGCUCUGGCGCAUACAUUAACAUUACUAUUCAAACUCAUUACGCAUAAAAAGGGGUUGGGUUUGAAGACUAAAUCACAGCUGUUAUGCAAUGCCUGUGUGUGUGUGUGUGUGUGUGUGUGUGUGUGUGUGUGUGUGUGUGUGUGUGUGUGUGUGUGUGUGUGUGUGUGUGUGUGUGUGUGUGUGUGUGUCUGUCUGAAUACCAAACGACCAAUCCCAAGAACCUUCAUCUAGGAUUCAAUUGAAAAAUUGAAAUAAUUUAUUUAACCACCGAUGUUAGAAAGGGGAGGCUUACUUUGCAUAUAAUGAGAGAGAGAAACGUUCACGUGGGUUUAAUAUAAUUGAGGUAAAGUGCACAUUUAAUAAUCAAACAGGGUUUAUGAUGGAAAAGUGUCCAUUCGAUUAUGGUCUCAAUACACGUUUGUAUGGAAUGUAACUUGUUGUUCGCAUUUUGAAUAAUCAUUGUCUCUUCAUUAUUUUCAUAUUCACGUUAACUGGUUGAUGAUAGUCCAACUGGGUUUGAAUGUCCUGCACCAACAGUGAGGUAGGCCUACUGGGAGGCGUACUGGUACUACUGGGAGUUCCAUGGGAGACUCUUGUGUGUGUGUUUUUGUGAGACGUUAGUCAGGAUUAUUUGGUCUAAUUGUUUUUUUUGUGUGGCGACAGUGGUUGCAGUUCACCAAAGUGAUAUUUUUCUACUUAACAUGUUUCUACUUAACGUGUGUGUGUGUGUGUGUGUGUGUGUGUGUGUGUGUGUGUGUGUGUGUGUGUGUGUGUGUCUGUGUCUGUGUCUGUGUCUGUGUCUGUGUGUGUGUGUGUGUGUGUGUGUGUGUGUGUGUGUGUGUGGAUUUUACAUACAGGAAAAAAACAAAUAUGUUUUCCAAUUUCCAAAUUCUCUGCACCGCCAGUAGCUCUUGUGAGAAGCCAAGUCUGAGAGUAAGGAGCGAACAGGAAGCGCUUAUCAAACACAACACAACACAUAAAGCACGAUGCACCCUGGCAGACUUGGCAUUCAGUGUGGCUCCUCUUAAAUGCAUAUAUAAUCGAUCCAUAUUCAACACCCGCUCGCUGUGGCGACGUCUCUGAACAGCCAAAGUAGCAGCUGACAGCUGCAGCUCUGAAGAUUUUGUAACGCUGAGCGCACAUUCAUUAUUUUCCCACUAUGCCGCAACUUCAGUCUGGAGAACACGAAGAGAAGGGGAACUGAAACUGGAAGCAUCUCGAUCAUGGGAUCAAAGGCCCGCUCUCUCUCUCGCUCUCUCUCGCGCGCACUUGCUCUUGUUGUCUCUCGCUUCCGUUCCCCUUGCUGUCUCGCUCUCUCUUUCCCCCUCUCCCUCCCCCAUCUAUCUCCGUCACUUAUCUGUCUGCCCCCCACUCUCUCUCUCUGUCUCUCUCCCCCCUCUCUCUCUCUCUCUCUCUCUCUCUCUCUCUCUUUCUCUCUUUCUCUCUUUCUCUCUCUUUCGGCUCUUAGAGGAACAUGAAAGGUCGCCUACUCUCGCUCAGGACUGCUUGGUAAUGAGAGCGAAUGACAGGUCACAGCCAACGUGGCCAGCUAAUUAGCGGGCUCUUUUGAUGUGCGGCUGCUCUAUCUGAAUGGAGCACAGCGCUUUAAAGACACUCUACCUUUUUAAUUAGGACACGCUUGGCUGUCUUUGUCCUUUUUUUUUACUACGCAUCCACAGCCCAACUUUUAGUCAGGCCUCAUUGGCUUCUUCUCCUUAAGCCAGUUGACCAGUUUGCCUCUCGGGACCUUUUUCAUGCGACACAAUGCCAAGUAGAUGUGGGUAUGUUUCAUGUCGCUGUGCGUUUCAAUAACAUUAUCAUCCCAAUGUUUCUGGUUGUUUUUGACUCGUGGAAUAAAUCGUUCUUCACAGAAAACCAAAAUGUUAAGAUGUGAUAAUUAAAAUGGCUGCAGGUUGUCCCGCUCUUCCUGGAUGUUUUGUGGAGCUCUUUUUCUGAACGAGUUUCUGUAAUAAUUGCUUAUAUUGUUUAGGAAAACCAAAACAAAACUUUUUUUAACAGCCCCGGAAACGAGUUAAACAUAAAAAUAAUUGUUUUUCCAAACAAUAUUUAC